GCGGAAGUUGAAGAUGGCUCGCCAGCGGUACUACUUGAUGAUCACUGUUUCUAUUUUUGGACUUGUGCUGUGGGGGGUUGGAAUGAUUGGAUUACAAGGGGGGGAGGUAACUCACUUGUCGCCUUCCGUCGGCAACUUCGAGGUGAAAACUGCUCUGCAAGGAGGUUCGGGAUCGGGAUCGGGAUCGGGAGCGGGAGCGGGUGUGGGAUCCCGAGGCGUUGGAGGAUCGUUAUUGGGCGGCAACCUCUCGUCGCAAACGGGCACAGGGCGAAAGCUUUACGAUGUUGAUGAUGAUGGUGACGGCGAUGAUGAUAAUGAUAGUAGGGAGAUCUUAAGGAGGAGGAGGAGGAAAAGGAGGAGGAGCGGGAGGGACAAGAGGAUAGACAAGGCGACCGAAAGAAAGGGAGAUGUACCUGCAGAAGUUGUAGGAGUAGGAGUAGGACGAGGAGGAGGAACAGGAGGAGGAGAUUUUGAAGUAAGGGUUGGAGACGAGCUUGAAAACAAGCGGAGAAAGGCUGGAAGAGGAGGAAGAGGAGGUGGUGGUGACGUCAGAGGAGUCGGAGGAGGAGGAGGAGGAGGAGAUGUUGAUGUAGGAGGAGGAGAAGAGCUUGAAGAGACGCGGAGAAAGAUAGAGGAGGCCGGAGGAGGAGGAGGAGAAAGAGGAGGAGGUGAGGUUAUAGGAGGAGGAGGAGGAGGAGGUGAUGAAUUCGGUGGACGAAGAGCAAGAGGGGUGCUGCAGAGUUCUGACAGUGGCAUCAUCAUUCCUAACGGCGAGUUUUUGUCGUUUGCGGGUGUGGUGCGAGCGACAAGUAUGACGAACCUAUCCGCGACUGGAGACGAUCGAGUCCGACUCAAAGCUCGCGUGCGGGGCUUAUCGUGCUUUUCAAGGAAUGACAGCUCAUCACUAGUUUAUCUCCUCGAAUUAGGCAAGGAAAACACGAUCAUGAUGAGUGAUUCCACCUUGAAUAGGAGUGAUCUUAGCCGUACUUCUGCUACUGCUAGCAGCAGCAGUAGUGAUAGCCGUAGUGAUAGCAGCGAAAGUAGUUUUGUGGUUGUACUGGUGAAUGAAAGCUGGGGUGAGGAGUCUGGUGGGAGCAGCUCGUCUCCGUCUGGACCACCGAAAGACGCAAGAAGUGCUGACAGUGGUAUUAGUAGACGGGUGAAUGUGAGUGUAUGGUUGCUGACGUGGCCUGCUGCUGCUGGCAAUCGCGCGAUCGGUGUGUACGAUGUGGCCUUCUCUCGUGCGGGUGCCGAGUUGUUCCUACCGGAAUUCUCGACAUCCUCUGUCUAUUCAAUCGAUCUUUUGAAUGCAGAAAAAAACAAAAGCUUGUCCGAUGACGAUGAUGAUCGUGCUGACCCUUCUCUUCCUCAGGGUCGUGAGAAUUCUUCUUCUUCUUCUUCUUCUUCUUCUUCUUCUGAUUCUGAUCUUCUUCCUCGUCUCGCUCUCACGCCGACGAGGAACAUAGCUUCCAAUGAUGAUGGCAAUCUUAUGAACGCCAUCCACGUGGCAGCCCAUCCGUCGAAGCCGCUUCUUUACGUGUCGACCCCGGAUCGAAUCUGUGCGAUUGCCCUGCUUGACAACCAGUCGUCGCAAGACACGUCGGCGUCGGGAUCAGCACCGGGAUCCCAGCGAGCAGUAGCAGGAGAAGCAGCAGCAGCCUUAGUUUCCUCAGCGGGCGCAUCGCCAUCGUCGUUCGUCGUGGCAGGACCACCACGUGUCCCGAUCGCGAUCCCUCCCCUCUCGAGCGCGCCGGAUCCGCUGCAGCAGCAGCAGCGGACGAAUGCGUCCCGACGGGGGGUCUUCCGAGAUGCAGAGCAAGGGGAGGAUGUGUUGUUCUGCGACCCAGUGAUAAGCUCGACGAGUAUAUCGCCGGAUGGAUCGGUGAUCUUCGUGGCCGAUAGGUGCAACGACCGAGUGCGACGUGUCAACUCCACAACAGGAAGGACGGAGACCAUCGUUAGCCCAGUGAGCAGCAGGAGCAGCGGCAGCAGUAACGAUCAGACUUCUGACAGCUGGCCUGCGAUCUACUGCGCUCUCGAUCGACCAAGCAGCAUCUCUCUUACCCCCGACGGCUGCCACGUGUUCGUCUCUGACUCGUCCGUCGGCCGACUAUGGCUGAUCCAACUGGAUUCGCCGUUCGGUUAUCCCGUGACGACGAACGACGCCGCCAUAUCCGUUUCUUUCCUUACGUCUCUCUCAUCAUCAUCAUCAUCAUCAUCAAGUGCUCAGCAAUCCGUGGAUGGUCCUUCUCCCUCUAAUACCCAGGGUGAUGAACCUGGUCUAAUAAGCAUCGGUGAUCGCGGUUCAGGUUCAUUCCCCUUGUCCUGGUCUCAAUCUGACCAAGGUUAUGAUCCUGGGUUAGCCGUAGCCGUUCUUAGCAGCAGCAGCAGCAGCAGCAGCAGCAGCUUUGAUCGCCUUCCUCCUCUCACUCUUGCGGAUUGGAAUUCGACUUCGAUUACCGUUCAUCAAGAAGAAAACGGACAUCUUUUUCUGUACGUGGGCGGCGCUGACGAGUCCGUACUGCGAUUCGAGAUCAAUCAGUCAGCAUUACAUCGCUGUGGCGCGCAGCGCGAAGCUGGAAACUCCUCCAGCUCUGACACGUCGGCAAGGUUAUCAAGAACGGGCCGUCAGGUUCCCGAUCCGAGGCAUCGGGGUCGCGAUUUGCACCAUGUGAUGUCCGUCGGGAUCUGUAUCAUUGUGGCACUGGUAUCGGGGAUUUGUCUGUUUGCGAACGGCGCGCUGUGGUCCUACUUCCGUCGAUCUAAUCAUGCUUGGGCCGAUCUGUCUGUCCACGUGGCGGCGUCAUUCGCACGCUGGGUCGGCUGUGUUAUAAGACCCCAGCAGCCUGAUGGGGGGGGGGGGCGGUCUUGUUUCGAUGGCGGCGGGAAAUGGGUCGUUGUCUGUCUGGGCGCGGGGGGAAGCAAUGGGCGUAAGAUGUGUAGGAAUCGGUCCGUGUCGACUUUGACUAGUAUUGGCGGGAACGAAGGAGAAACUCCCGCCGAAGUUUUGCCUUAUCCGCUUCUGCCGACGAUUAUCCGGUUCACCCCCGAGGCGUUGGCGCGCUCCACGUCGGAUUUCAGUGACGAAUCUCUGAUCGGCGGGCGCAGGGGAGGGCGCAGCGCGCAGGUGUACAAAGGGGAGUUGGUCGAUGGCAGGGAGGUGACGAUCAAAGUAGUGGAGGGAGAAUUCUCCAUCAAGAGAGUGUAUCGGCAAUUUCUAGAGGAGCUGGACAUCGUCAGGAGGCUUCGACAUCCUUACCUCUGCCACCUCAUCGGAUACUCCGUCGACAGGGAGAGGUGCUUUUUGGUUUACCCUUUCAUUGGAGGCGUGAGUCUGUACGACCGACUUCACAAGCUGUCGUCCCGCAUAACAUCAUCAUCAUCGUCAUCGUCGUCGUCGUGCUCGCAGAUGUUGCCACGUGGAGGCGGCGAAAAUGUCGUGGAUAUCGAGGGCAGGCGGGGGAGGAAGAGGAGGAGGAGGAGGAGGAGGAGGAGGACGACGAUCACGAGGAAGAGAGCAAUUGCGCCAGGGAAAUCCUGUUCUUUCUCCUCUCUCACUGUGGCCGAUGGAUCGCCGCCUUCGCAAUCGGAUUGCCGGCAAUCUCUUACAGUGACAACCAAGCAGCUGCUGCAGGACGAGGAGGAGAAGGAGGCGAAGGAGGUGGAGGGGGAGGAGGAGGCGGAAGGGGAGGAGGGGGUGAAUUGUGGUGAUGGUUUUAACCACGAUUUCUUCUUGUCCACGGAUUUGGAUGAUGAUGGUGACGGCAAUGAUGACGAUGACGGUCGCGUAGAUACUCUGCGAGACGAAAACGCGUCGAGAAAGCGGAUGCGCCGCCAUGAACGGAGGGUGAUCGACAAAGGAGAUGAAGGAGAAGAAGGAGAAGAAGGUGGCGGAAGAAGAAGAGGAAGAAGGCGUGAAAAUGGUUGUUACGGUGAUGGCAAUGUCGAUUGGAAGCCUCUUGAUUGGUUGACACGUGUCUCCAUAGCCAGACACGCCGCCAUCGCGCUGCGUUAUCUCCACGAAGAAGCGGAUCCGCCCGUAUUUCACGGUGACGUCACCAGUUCGAAUAUCCUUCUAGGCGGGGGGGCGGCGCGAGGAAGGGGGGACAUGGUGCGCGCUUACUUGACGAACGUGGGUGUGACGGGGAUGGACGAUGAGAUGGCCAUGUACAGCUUCCAGCUGUCUACCGUCUCUGGAGGAGGAGGAGGAGGAGGAGGAUCGGCUCUAUCUCCAAUUUCAGGUAGGAUAGCUGGUGUGGGAGGAGGUGCAGGAGAGGACUCUGAUCGUGGUUGGAUCGCGGCGGAGACGUCUGAAAGCGGUGACGAUUUCUCGACUUUCAGCAGCAUAAAUAUCGCAGGAACGCAAGGCUAUAUUGCCCCAGAAGCGUCGGGAAGUAUAUUCUGCAAAGUGAGCGCCAAAUCGGAUGUUUAUGCGUUUGGGGUCGUUCUUCUUGAGUUGAUAACGGGGAAGAAGGCCAUGAUAGGAGGAGGAGGAGGAAGAGGAGGAGGAGGAGGAGGAAGAGGAGGAGGAGGAGGAGGAGGAAGAGGAAAAGAGAAAGGACAAGAAGGAGAUGGUGGAGAGGAGGGUGGAGAAGAUGACAAUGACGAUGACGAUGACGAUGACGAACAAGAAGAGGGAGAGGGAGAGGAAAGAAGAAGAGAAGGAGCAGGAGAAGGAGGAGGAGGAGGAGGGAAGACGACUGAGAAGAAGAGGAGAAAGAGGAGGAAAAAGAGAGGUGCAAAGACACAGAGAGGAAAAGAAGAAGGAGGUGAGGAUGAUCGUGGUCUUGUUGUCGCUGCUUCUGGUGCGUCUGAUCAACAGUUUUCUGAUGAGCUGAGUUUGGCUUCCUGGUUGGAACCGUACUGCUUGGAGAAACCGACGCUUCAAUCUCUGAGAGAGAUUGCUGAUGUGGCGCUUUAUCCGCUGACGGAUCCGAUACUGGAAUCGUUGGAUGGGAUGUCGAGAUUGGCUGCAGCUUGCACUCGCAGGGAACCGGCAAGAAGGCCGAGAAUGAAGGAAGUAGUUAAUUGCAUUACAAGAUUGGAGGAGAAGUUGAAGGAAGAUUAUGGGACCAAUCAAUAAUCAAUAAUCAUCAUGAUGUUAUUUAUGGCGAAAAACUAGUAAGUUAGCAGAUCAUUGUUCUUGUUCUUGUUCUUUCUGUUUUCCUUUUAACAUUUUUUUUUUUUUUUUUUUUUUUUUUUUUUUUUAAGCAUUCGGAAGCAUUCUAUUUAUGUAUAUGUAAUAUGUAUGUUUUUUUUUUAAUUAUUUAUUUAUUUUAAGUAUGUACGUAUGUAUGUAUGUAUGUAAGUAGAUCUGUAAAUUCUCGAGGCUGUUAUGGACGAUUGUCCAAUUGUUUAAACAAUC